AACAUGGCUGCCCUUUUUUCAGAGCUGGACGAAGAGACAUAUUUUCUUGAACAAAACACGCUUAACCUCCUGGGUUUUUUAAGCCAAAAUAUCCUUUUGGUCCAUACUUUACAGUUUAGUAUCACAUAAUGUUGUCAAUUUGGAAUGUGUUUAGAGGUACGGUGAAGAUAACGGUGACGGUGUGUAUGUUGACAGUAAUUAGUAUAUGACCGGGCGGAGGGGGUUCCCCAAGUGAGAAAUCCGAUGAUUGUGCAUUAUUAUUAUGUGCCAGAAUUAUUGUUUGCGUGAGUGUAUAACCAAGUAGAAAACUAAACAUGUUUUCCACAUGAUUAUAUCAAGAACCGGUUAAAAAAAGAGCAAAGGCUGAUCCUGCACGCUUUUCUUUUUACCGAUGCCGAAGAGUAUUGCCAACCAGAACAGCAGUUGAACACUGAAGCAAGGUUCAACUCACUCUAUAUUUCUAUUCGCGUUUUGCUUUUGCAGGCUAUGGAUCUUCCCGUGCCAAACGCCCAGGUUGUUUCGGAUUAUUUUCGUCGCGUCCUGACAGAUAUCCUCGAAGACCUUGUCAAUAAGGUUCCCAAUGAUGGAUACACAUCCAAUACUGAAAUUGUCAAGCAGUCGUUGAGAGAAAUCUCCAAUUUGUACAAACACGGACUCCGGUUUUCCAAUUCAGGUUUGCGUACUGACUGGAAUGAACCGGCCAACCGCUGUGCUUACGUGUUUCUUUACCUGAUGCACCAUUGCUAUCUCGUGUACGGCUCGCUUCAGUACUCGGAUGAGGUCACAAGAAGUUGGCGCAACAGGAGCAGUUUGAAGGUUUGCAGCAUCGGAGGCGGGCCUGGGUCGGACCUGGUUGGCUUGACAACCUUCCUCCGGGUGCAUGGCAUCUUCCCGCCUUCUCUGGAAUGCCUUGUCUUGGAUCUGUACCCCAACUGGAAAGACACCUGGGACACGAUAUACAACCACCUACCAGAUGCCUUUAGUGUAACUUAUUGCAGGUGUGAUCUGGUCAAAGACACACAACUCCACACCCGAGAUCUGCAGUUCAUCAAACAGGCUGAUAUCAUCACAAUGUCUAAAUCUUUCUCAGCAGUGUCUGCUUUCUACCGAGCCGACCCCUCCAAAGGCGCGUUCCUUCGGGAUGUUCUCCAGCAGACCAAACCGGGCUGCUUCGUUCUGUUCAUCGACAAUGAAUACAGCGGUUGUACUCAGUUUCAGCGGGACUUUGCAUCUCGAGCCGGUAUGGAUUUAGUAUUUGAAUUCCGCGGCAAGCCCACUUUUCCAAAGGGGGCAUAUUCAUUUACCAUCCGAAAGCACAAUAGUCUGUUCGACUUCAGUCCGAUGCGCUCCUGCGACGUGACUAUCCAGUUAUUCCGAAAGAAGGGAGCAGUUCAGUCUCGUCAAGCCGUCAAUUCGGCUGUUCCCCCUGUGGGUAUCUCAAGUUCCUCUCGGAGUACACCCCACCAUGAUGUGAUUUCCAGUUACGACGUCUUCCACGAAAUCGCCAUAAGGAACACCGUAACGCCACGAGCAACAUCCCCGCAAUACUCAUCGGGCAUUCCGCAGGCUGCAAGCAAUGUCUACCCAGCAUAUUCCAUCUAUAACCAACCAUACUCCUCUCACCGUACCGCGACCGUGGAAAGACCCUCAUCAGGAAGCUACAGAACACCGACAACCCCAGCUGACUCCAGCCACGUCAAUAUCUCUGUGAUCUCCCAUCAACCCAAACGAGUCGAUCAAGCACCCAAGCCAAGCAAUUCAGCACUUGUCCCUAAGCCAAGCAAGCAAACAUCCAACCGACAAGCAUCUCGUGUCGCAAACACUAACCCUAACAGUUAUCGGUCAAGAGACGAAAGACAACAUCAGGACGAUGAAGAUGAAACCACAUUGUCCAGAUAUUGCUGCCCGCAGGCAUGCACAAUUUUGUAAGCCUCUCGAGUCUAGAGUGUUCACCUGCAUAAUUUAUUUUAGAUAAAAAUUUUCAUGGACUUGAUUCAAGUCUGUAGACCUUCUAUAUAUAUGGAGUCUUCGAAUAUACGUUUUUAAAAAUAAUUAAGAAAUUAACAAUUUUUGUAUUCAUCGUUUGUUCAGACGUCAGUUUUUGAAAUUUAUUUAAUGCUGGGUUGGUGGGCAUAGAGUUAUAUUAAAAUAUAACUCUAUGUUUGUGGGAGAGUGUGGCUGAGUGGUUGGGUUCCUGACUCAUAAUAAGAGGGUCAGGGGUUCGAAUCC